ACAAACAGAAGGUAGCGUCAACUGCAUACGACAGUGUAGACGCAGAGGGGUACAGCACCGACGACGAGCGCAGGAAUGGACAGGCAGAGGUGUGCAGUGCGUGUGUUGGGAUGGGCUGGUUGGUCGAUAUAGUUGGUAGAGGUGUUGAGGUGUAA